UCAGUACCUAUGAGUGUGACCGGGGGCCCCUUUCACUUCAGCCCAUCAAUUUUAUCUGCUUCGGCAGGAUGCGAUUCCAGAUGACUUCCUACAUUACCGAUCUACCGUGUCAAGGAAGGUCGCCUUUUUGCCUACAUCAUCAAAUGACGUGCGCUGCAGAAAAACAAGGUGGCAAGGAGCAGUCGACGCGAGGACGCGGGUCGGGUCCGAUGAAUGCGAGUACAGUUGGACCGUUGACGUUGAUUGCUGUUCGCUGUGGUCUGUUAUUCAAGCAAGUUGAUUUGGACACAUUUGCAAGGGGUAUCACUAGAUUAUACCUAUAUACAUAUAUGAAAAAACUAAAAGCAAGUGGAUUUCUGUUAGGAGUUUAGACCGACGAAAGACCGUUAGGAACAGGCGAGUCAACGGUUGAGGAAGUGCAUUGAAUAAUAAGAAAAAUUCAGCAUUGUCUUAGCAAGACAGAUAAUCGUGUUAGUAACAAACUGACAACGAUCACGAUUGAAUAACCAAGUUGGAGUUCCAUCAUAACAGCAACAACACCACACCACAAUAAACAUAUUAAUUAUUAUAAAAAUAACAAUAAUAAAAGAAAAAUCAGUUUCGAGAAAACGACCUUCUUUAAUUUGGGGCUCAAUUGAGGUGUGUGAUUUUUGCUUACUAUGCUCCUUCUCUUUUCCGUGUUUACGUUCAAUUUUCAUGACUGUAAUAGCAUAGCGAGCAGAUUUAAAUGAAAAAAACGGAAGUAAUGUGAUACUCUACAAACCAGAAACAGUGACAUUGAUAUGGUAAUCGUUGAACACAUGUAACUUUGGAGAUACUCACCACGUUAGACAAUUGGUUGGCUAAUAAAGACGAUUUAUUUUCGAUGUUCUCUUAAGCUUUUGUUGUUAAAUAUAUUCCAAUACGUCUUGUCGUUAAAGAUUUGCAACAUGUUACUCAAAUGUGUGCUGGUACUCGUGAGCCUCUACAAUUUUGUACCAGAAAGCUAUGGGAUAGACUCUUCGGAACUUGAAGCAUUUUUGGAGUUUACCGAGUUAUCAUACGAGGAUGCUUGUCAAAGUGUUGCCAAUGCUGAAUGGGCAUUCAUCAAUAAUCCCUCGAAUAAUACACUUCUACUUGCUUGGGAACAGGCGCAAGGAAAUUACAGUGCAUUCAAGAAAAAUGAAAUUGCGUUAAUUCACAAUCUAACGGAUGGCGAAACAGACAACAUCUUGCUCGCGUACAAACUUAACGUAGCCAAAAAACCAGGGGACACUUUGCUAAACUCUACCGCAUGGAAUAAUUUGGUAUCUUUUUCUGGGAAAGCAGCUAUUCUCAGAAUAGGCGCAAAUCACUCGGAUGGAUCUUUGCAUGAUUCUCGACAUGACAAAGAACAGCUAUUGUCGGGAGCUGCUAAGAUCGAAGAUAAACGUUCUACUUGGUCCACAUGGCAUCGUCAACUAUCGCCACUUCUGCAAACAUUUCCUUCGACGCUCGCCCUUGUAUCUGAGGCAACAAAAGUGAAUGGCGCUGAGUCCGUUACCGCUUAUUGGGAAUUACUCUCUGGACAAAAUGGAGGAUAUGAAAAGAUCGAAGAUAUGUGGGAGGAGAUUUCUGCAUUGCAUAAAAAGCUUCUAACAUUUGUUCAGAAUCGUCUGGCUCAGAAGUACAAAGUCACAUUAGAUAACAAUGGGAUUCCAGCAUAUCUUCUGGGCUCACUGGAUGGUUACGACUGGACCUCUAUAGCAUCUGAUGUAAUGCCCUAUGCUAAUAUAAGUUACAGUUUGGAAAAAGGCCUAUGGGAGAAGAAUUUGCGUGGCAUAUCGCUGUACAAAUCUGCAGCAAUAAUGGGAAAAUCUGUACUUAAAGAGAUGCCAGAAGCUGAUUUUUGGCAGCAGAGUAAAUUCAACCAGAAGUGUCAUACUCAACUUGUCAAGUUUUGCCGGGAAGGAGCCACAAGGGUAUCGACUUGCCAUCAAGCAUCACUCUCCAAUUAUCUUACUGCACAAAAGAUCGUAGCCAAAGUUUUAUUAAAUCAAAUGGGAUUGGAAAGUAUGCCGUUCCUUAACAUGGCAAAUAGAUAUUCAAGUCUGGAUGAAGGUGUGGCGGAAUUAUUUUCCAUACUAUCGGUUGGGCCAGGACAACUGAAGGCCAGCAAACUUAUAGAUAAUGACACUGAUUCCGAACACUCCCAGAUCACUUCAUUAAUGAUCACUGCUCUGGAUGUUCUACCUCGAUUGGCAUAUUAUUUAAGUGUCGAUAUGUGGAGGAUGAAUGUUAUCAACAAUAAAACUUUCCAACCAAACGAACUUGUUGAAUCUUGGUGGGAUUACAGGAAAAAGUACGAGGGGGUAAUAUCAGAGUCUGUUGAUAUUCCAACUUUUCUGGACGACGAAUAUAUUACUAGCAAUAAACCUUACCUCUCAAAAUUCCUGGGUAUAAUUUUAGGAUUUCAGCUUUACGAGUAUUUAACAGGAGCAACUGAGGUACGGUACGACCGUACCACUAGGUACCAAAUGCAAAAUGAAUUUAUAAGAAUGAUACAGCAAGGUGGAGCUGAUGAUUGGACAAGGAUCAUUCAAAGAGAUUUAGAAAUCGAUGAUAUCACAACUGAUGCUUUGAAAUCAUAUUUCGAGCCCUUGGAAGAGUUCCUUGACAGUAAUCCAGAUGAUAUCUAUUUUCUGAGCGACGACCAGGAACUUGAACUCGAGCGACUCGAAAAGUACUACAAAUCUGUUGACGUAACCAGACCACCUGUUACCACUACUGCUGCUACUCCGCUCCGAACGUCAGCACCUAAGGAGUCAAAGAUACCACAUGCAAAGAAAAAUGCAACAAAUCAUCCUUCGCUUCCUCCAGUUGUUCCUCCUAGUAACAUUUUGAGUGAACAUGACAACAUCAAAAAGGAAUCUGAUCAUAAACCGUAUGUGGAAAAUGACACAAAACUGCAAGGCACUGCUGCCGAUAGCGAAUAUACAGACAAAAUGAGUACAAGCAAAGCAGUCUGGGUAGUGGCUGCGGUUCUCGUUGCAACUAUUGCUAUUUGUGUCAUUGCGAUUUUCGGAAGGCGGAGAUGUGUCAAAAGCCAAACGCCAAAAAAUAGAAGAUAUGUGUGAUUGGGACCACUGUGUUGAUAGGAGCAUAUAAACUAUUCACGAUCGAAUAAAAUGUACAGAAGAAUGUGCCGCUAAAUUGAACUAUUAUCGAGCAUCAAUUUCAGCAUUGCGCAUUACAAUAUACGUAGAUUUACAUUAUCCAUACUGUUACAUCCAUACGUUUAACUAACAUUACAUUGGAACAUUCCUGCAUACGUGAUGUAACAAAUCUCAAUUACAUACCAAAGAGAUGCUCGUCGCGUUGGGAUAUGGUAGAUUUAUCACCAGAGUUAUGCCUUAAGAGUGAAGUGAUCUAGGGCUUCCUAUAAAAUAUAGAAAUACUACCUACGUACUUGCGCUGUGAUGUAUAUUGAAAUGUUCUGCAUGUGGAAAGUUGCAGCUACAAGGAUGUGAGGAACUCAACCCUGGAUGGUUGGUGGAUUCCAUUUGUUGUAACAUACUUGAGUAUUCAAACUUAUAUGGCCUUAAGGAGUUCAGGAGAAUUUCGUUUAUUUUUUGAAGUUUUCUGAAGAUUAAAGGUAUACGAUUUUACGAAAUUUUUCAAUGUAGAAUUAUUGAAUCAUAAACCGUUACAUAUUACCUACUAUAUUUCUUAUGGAUCAAGCUAGGAUCAAAACCUUUUGGCAAAGAAUAAGAAACAAAAAAUUAUCACUUUGA